AGCAGAAUCGAUUUAUGCCGAGUGAAUAUCUUCCGAAAAAAUAAUGCUUUCCUCCCGUGCUCUGCUGCUGGGACGAUUGCUGCAACGUGCGGCCAGUUCCCCGGCUACCACUGCGGCCGUUCGCAACCAAGUCGUGCGCCAUGGACACGAUGUGUCGUACCGGAUGAAUGGUCCGAAGCCGGAGAUGCUAGCCCGUGUCGGUGCUCAGGUGGCCGGCGGUCUGAUGUGGUGGUGGGUGCUGUGGCAUCUGUUCCAUGAAUACGAGCACAUUACGGGAGAAUUUGCUUACCCGGAUCCAACGCAAUGGACCAACGCCGAGCUUGGCAUUCCUUCGGAUGAUGAAUAGACCGCAGACGAGCUUGAUUAGGUGUCACCCAUCUUUAUAAUUUUAGCUGAACGCCUGCAGAUUUGUGGAGCUGAAUGUGCUAUUAAUUCUCUAGAUUGCCAGUUGAAAAUGGUUAUUGUAAAUAAACCUUCGAAAGGGAA